AUGUCCUCCCUCUCAAAGCGGUCGGUUGCUGCGCAUUCCUGGCAUGACCUUGAGAUAGGACCUGGAGCCCCUGCUGUUUUUAAUUGUGUUGUUGAGAUCACAAAGGGCAGUAAAGUGAAAUAUGAACUAGACAAGAAGACCGGAUUGAUCAAGGUUGACAGGGUGCUAUACUCAUCAGUGGUCUACCCACACAACUAUGGUUUCAUUCCACGAACAUUGUGUGAAGAUGGAGAUCCAAUGGAUGUGCUGGUGUUGAUGCAGGAACCGGUGAUACCUGGCUGUUUUCUUCGGGCAAGAGCCAUUGGCCUUAUGCCCAUGAUUGAUCAGGGAGAGAAAGAUGAUAAGAUAAUUGCAGUUUGCAUUGAUGAUCCUGAAUACCGUCACUUAACCGAUCUCAAGGAACUUUCUCCACAUCGCCUUAAUGAAAUCCGUCGCUUCUUUGAAGACUACAAGAAGAACGAGAACAAGGAAGUUGCUGUGAACGAUUUCUUGCCACCAACUACUUCCCUGGAGGCCAUUCAACACUCAAUGGACUUAUAUGCUGAAUACAUCCUACACAGUUUGAGGCGCUAG